GUGCUGCUUACAUGAACCCAGACGAGAUGGGGCAAAGAGAGACUAGUAUAGUAGCUCUUCGAAGACUCUAGACACUUUGCUGCAUACGGCAACGAAACUAUCCUCUGUCGAUAUUACUUGCAAUCUUACAGCCAAUCUUACAGUAUUGCAUUGCAGGAUUACACAAGCAAGACAAGCCUUAGUAUUCAUAGAGACUCAGCAGCCAUCAUGUCAGCCUCAGCCUCAGCCUCAUCCCUCCCCUCGUCCUCCUCCCCCUCCAUCAUCCUCACCAAUCCCACGCCUCUAGAACGCACCCGCACCUGGCUAUACAACCAGACCGAAUGGGGCAACAGCCUCACCGUCGCGGACUAUCUCGAGCGUGAAGAGUAUCUCCUGUCCAUCCCCCUCGCCCGCAACGGCGGCAUCACCAACUGGAUCCUCACAGACGACGCCGCCACCCCGCAAAACGGUGAGCGUCCCGUCCUGGCCGCCUGUGAAACCCUGCGCAAGCGUGCCCUCGUGAGGAAUCAGGAUGGCAGCGUCCACGACGUUUGGGCCUAUGGCGUCGCCAGUGUCUUCACUCUCAAGGAGUUCCGGGGACGAGGCUAUGCCGGCAAGAUGAUGGAGCUGCUGCGUGGAUACAUGGCGGCCCAGCAGCGGGAGACUGGCGAGCCGGCGUUUUCCGUGCUCUUCUCUGAUAUCGGGAGACUCUUCUAUGCUAAGCACGGAUGGCUGCCCCUGGAAAACACCCAGAUCGAGUUCCGCGUCAGAUCAGAUGCUGAGCUGGAUACGUCCUCUGUUACGCUUAUUCACGAGGAACAUCUGGCCGAACUGGCGGAGCGAGACGAGCUUCUCGUGCGCAAGGAGAUGGCCAAGCCCAACGCUGUCGAUGCGUCCAAGACCCGCGUUGCCGUCAUCCCUGACCUCGACGCCCUUCAGUGGCACUUUUACCGCGAGGCAUUCAUCUGCAACGCCGCAUUUGGCCGCAAGCCCACUGUCCACGGCGCCCUCUACACGUCCCCCUCAACCGGCUCCCGAGUAUGGGGCCUCUUCGAGCGUAACCACUAUGGCGGACCAGAGCAACCAGAGAAGAACCUUAUAAGCUUCCUCAGAUUCGUCGUUGAAGACGAAAGCAUCUCCGAUGAUGAGCUAUCCACAGCUGUCGUGGGCAUCUUCCGCGCUGCUGAGAAGGAGGCCAAGGACUGGAGCUGCUCAAAGGUCGAGAUCUGGAAUCCCCUCGAGAGAGUAAGGAAGGCUGCUGAGGCUGCUACCGAGUUUGAGACUACGUUCGUCGUUAGGCAAGAUAAGAACUUGGCCAGUCUGAAUUGGUUCGGCGAGGGAGCUACCGAAGACGUAGACUGGGUCGUCAACGAGAGAUUCGAGUGGUGCUAGUACGAUAGAACUAAACAUAGAUGUAGAUAUACCGUCACAGAAAAAGAACAAGCGAACAAGAAAUCGAGAUCAUUAACGUC